AGAUAAUAGAGAAUAAAGGGUAUGUAAGAGAGAAGGGGUAGAUAUGAGAGACAUACGGAAUGUAAGAGCUGGGAGACAGGAAUAGUCUUUGAGUGGGAAGAUUGGCUCUGAGUGACGGAUAGAAGUGAGAGUGAGUGAGGUUAUAAUUACACUCACACAAUAAAUGACAAGAGAGAAAGGAAGCUGCUAAUAUGGGGACGUCAUCGAAACAGAGCAAGAGACAUUAAUACAUCUGUCCAACAGGGCCAAAGCCAUUAACCAACUACAAGAAAGGAUUCUACAGGUUUCUCUAUUGAUUCAAGGUUAGAAAUAUCUCACUUUAUUGCCACAUAUCUCUUUCCUUCAUUCCUGUAUCUCUAUCGUAUAAUAAAUCCCUUUCCUUCAUUCCUGUAUCUCUAUCGUAUAAUAAAUCCCUUUCCUUUAUUCCUGUAUCUCUAUCGUAUAAUAAAUCCCUUUCCUUUAUUCCUGUAUCUCUAUCGUAUAAUAAAUCCCUUUCCUUUAUUCCUGUAUCUCUAUCGUAUAAUAAAUCCCUUUCCUUCAUUCCUGUAUCUCUAUCGUAUAAUAAAUCCCUUUCCUUUAUUCCUGUAUCUCUAUCAUAUAAUAAAUCCCUUUCCUUCAUUCCUACACAUUCAGUGUUUUUCAUUCAUCUAACUGAUAGCCUCCACGAUUCUUGUGUAUCCUACUCCUUUCCUCUCAUUUUCCAUGUGUCUUACUAUUACAAUUAUUUUAUUAUAAAGCACCAACAUUUACUGCCAUUUCCUCUAUUCAUUUCCUUAAGUAAUCCUGUCCCUCUUUUCCUAGUAUCCUACAUUCCUCCCUCUCCAAUCUUUGUUUCCUCCAUUCCUUCCUCUUCUAUCUCUGUUUCCUUCAUUCCUCUUCUAUCUCUGUUUCAUCCAUUUCCUAUCUCUAUUUCCUCUAUUCCUUAAUCUGCUAUCUCUGUUUCCUCCACUCCUUCCUCUCCUAUCUCUGUUUUAUUCAUUCCUUCCGUUCCUAUCUCUGUUUCCUCCAUUCUUUACUUUCCUAUCUCUCUUUCCUCCAUUUCUCCCUCUCCUAUCUCUGUUUCCUUCCUUCCUUCCUCUCCUAUCUCAAUUUCAUCCAUUCGUUGCUCUCCUACCUUUCAUCCCUCUGUUCGUUCCUCUCCUAUCUCUCUUUCCUCCAUUCCUCUCUCUCCUUUCUCUGUUUCCUUCACUUCUUCCUCUCCUACCGUUCUUACCUUCCAUUCCUUUCACUCCUAUCUCUGUCUCCUUCAUUACCCCCUCUCCUAUCUCUGUCUCCUUCAUUACUCCCUCUCCUAUCUCUGUCUCCUUCAUUACCCCCUCUCCUAUCUCUGUUUCCUUCAUUCCUUCCUCUCCUGUCUCUGUCUCCUUCAUUACCCCCUCUCCUAUCUCUGUUUCCUUCAUUCCUUCCUCUCCUAUCACUAUUUUCGCUUGUUCCUUUUCUCCCCUUUAUUGGUGUCUGUUUUCCAGUUUCACUAAUUAACAUUGAAAUAAUGAGCUGUUAAUACAUUAAUUGGGAAUUUAUAUGUGAAAAAUAUUUUUUAGGAUUAUCACACUGUCUGCCUGUACACUUUGUGAAACAUGGAUUCCUUGCUCAUCACCCUCACCUGUUGUUUGUGGAUCUUCGUAAAAGGUGGGAAUUUGCCGUCCUUGUGGGGAUUGUAUGGAAGUAAUAAGUAUAACUGAUAGUGUCUCAGCCAGUCCUCGGUACAGCAGCAAUUUGUCUGUUGUUCAAUCACUAAUUCCAUUCAAUGGCUGUUUUAUCAUGUUGGACAAUCGUGUCUGCAGCACUGGGUCCUGUUGCGCCAGUGAGAGGAGAUAGCUGGGUCCAAUCAUAUUUUAAUGGAUACUUGUAGGAGUAAAGUAAUCCUGCAUAAGAGUAGAGCCCUUCUGCUGUCUAUCUGAGAGUGAUGGGAGUAUAGCUGCUGAGUUUAUUUCUUUUUAGGUGUCCUGACGGCACAGCAAGCAUUCCGCGUGCAGCCGGAUAAUGUCACUGUGGUUCAGGGGUCCACGGCGAUACUGCGCUGCGAGGUAGAACAUGCAUCUGGCAUUGUGCAAUGGGUGAAAGAUGGACUUCUGCUUGGACCGGACCGGAACAUACCUGGAUUCCCUCGUUACAGUAUGACUGGGGAUCCCCAGAAAGGUGCCAUGUCUGUUUUAAUAUCAAGAUUUUAGGUGGGAAUGUUCUCCGCCACAUAAUUAUGAAAUCAUUGUUUUUAAUGGAAUUCCAAUCAUUUCUCAAAUAACACUUCGGAAGUACCUCCUGGUUCUGACAGAUACACAGUACCUCCUGGUUCUGUUAGAUACACAGUACCUCCUUGUUCUGUUAGAUACACAGUACCUCCUGGUUCUGUUAGAUACGCAGUACCUCCUGGUUCUGUCAGAUACACAGUACCUCCUGGUUCUGUUAGAUACGCAGUACCUCCUGGUUCUGACAGAUACACAGUACCUCCUGGUUCUGUUAGAUACGCAGUACCUCCUGGUUCUGUCAGCUACACAGUACCUCCUGGUUCUGUUAGAUACGCAGUACCUCCUGGUUCUGUUAGAUACACAGUACCUCCUGGUUCUGUUAGAUACGCAGUACCUCCUGGUUCUGUUAGAUACACGGUACCUCCUGGUUCUGUUAGAUACGCAGUACCUCCUGGUUCUGUUAGAUGUACCUACCUUGUUUGAAGACAGUAACAUUCACUAUACAAUAACAACAUUCUGGGGUAAAAUGUUGAUUUAUCCUGCCUUUAAUAAUCUGUUAGAUGCACCCCAUGAGGUCACAGGUUAAGGUCCAGGAAUAUUUCAGACCAUCUCGGUGAUGUUUCAUCUUUCAUUAUUAGCAUUAAUGAGCCCCCAGUUACAAUGUAUAACUAAUCCUGUUCUUUGACUCUACAGGAGACUACAACCUGCGCAUCGAACGCUGUGAGCUGUCAGACGACACCGAGUAUCACUGUCAGGUUGGGAGGUCAGAGGUCAGCCAGGGGAUCAUCUCUAUCACAGCCCUCCUCAACGUCCUGAGUAUGUGUACUCCACUCACAGAGUGUGUCCUCCCCACCCAUGAGACUGACCUGUAGUAGAGUGUGCCCUCUACUUACUGAGUAUACUUCCUAUCUAAUAAAUAUAGUCUCAACACACUGAGUGUGCCCUCCAUUCACUGAGUCUGGCCUCUCUUUUCUGAGUGUACUCUCCGCUCACUACAGUGCUGUACAAUUGGAGAAACCCAGUCAGUGUAGUAUACACAGACUAAUAUAAGAGGAAGAGGGUACCCUGUCUGUGACCUGACAACCAGCAUUGAGUGAAGACCCAAUGGCUGUUGGACUGGAACACAUAUCACCCUCAGACAAUCAGUGACAGUAAUUAAAGCCAUUAUCCACUAUAUUAAUGUUACUGUUAUUCCAUUUUCACAGCCAUGAAGCCAUUGUGUAUAUUACAUAUCGUGACUUCUGGACAAUUUCUGCUAAUUUCCAUUGUUUAACUUUCUCUUUCCCCAUUUUAACUUCCCCAUUUACCCCUUUCCUACCUCUAGUCCCCCCUCAGGCACCUCAGUUCUUGGAACACGUCUCAGGCAGCACCGUGACCUGGGUUUUUGGGGUGGAAUACCCUGUAGGAUGCCGCACCCAAGAUGCCAAACCAGCAGCAACAAUAACCAUCACCAAAAGUAAGUGUCGCUGAUGGUGAAAACAUUGAAAGGUCAGCAGUAUGAGGAGUUACGCCUGGUUCCUUCCACUGAAUGCCCGGAGAGCAAGGAUGCUCACUAAGUGUUCUUUUUCCAAUGCAGGUGGAGUGGAAGUUCUCGCAGAGUCGUCCAACAGUCCUGGGUCCAAAGACCGACUGGAAAACACAGAGAUCUCAGCAAAGUGAGUGAUGGAAAUAUGGUCUCAAGGUCCUUGUGGAGAUCUGGACAUUUCAGGAGUUCUACUAAAUUCAGGAGAUAUGAUAAUUUUAGGAGAUCUAAUAAUUUUAUGAGAUCUGAUCAUUUUAGGAGAUCUGAUAAUUUCGGGAGACCUGAUAUUUUAGGAGAUUUGAUCAUUUUAUGAGAUCUGAUUAUUUUAGGAAAUCUGAAAAUUUUUGGUAUCUGACAGAACCUAACUGAACAUAAUUCUAAAACUCACCUAUAUUCUAGUCAGCAACGUUGACCUAGAAUUUGUACUUCCCUUGUAAAUUGUUCCCAAUUCUCAGCUUAGUAAAUAAACCUCUUACUGUGGUAUACUAAGGGGUCAAAUAUUGGAGAGUUUGAUGGCUGAGUGGUUCAAAACUUAAUGAAAAACUCACUAAUUGGUCCGGGUCUAUUCAUUAGCCCAAAAUUACUAUAUUAUUAUUAUAUCAUUAGAAAAGGAAAAACACAGAUACCCUCACUAUCUUAUCACUGUUUAGUAAAUAUCUCAGUGUUUAUAUUUUGUGACCGUUACCUCCUGUUUUUUAGGGUGAUCCCUCAGGGCUCCGAUAAUGGGAAACUGCUGACUUGCUCAGCCCAAAAUCCAGCUCUUGCGGCCCCUCUCUCUGUGAGCUUCACCAUGAAUGUAUUGUGUAAGAAUUAAAUAAAAAACCUGUAUAGCUUUACAAGUCAAUAAUGCUGCAUGUCGAAACAUGUAUAGAUACUGCUCAUGUGCACACAGCAUGAGCGUCUCCCCUGUUUAAUUUGCUGUUCUAUCAUACCUUUCCUGUAGUUCCUCCCAAUGUCCCCGUCAUUGAAGGCUAUACUGGCCCUACAGUUAAAUCCGAGACAACUUUAAAUUUGGUUUGUGUUUCUCAGAGUGGGAAUCCCUUGGCGACUUUGCAGUGGUUAAAGGUAAGUCUCCAGCCAUUAGACGUCCUGUUCUUGUUUGAUAUCCCACUUCUACCACCAUUAUAACAAACGCUAGGAUCACAUGCCUUCCUUUUACCAAUACACAUAUAUCGACGCAGGCAUCAAAAUUUUCACUUCAGCUGUCCAGGCUUGCAUUUUAAAGCCCAGCUACUAGUAUACGACUUGAAAUUUUAAGCCCUGCAUAUAUAUAUGUGCUUUUAUGGGUGAAAUAUCUUUUAUGAUUUUUUUUAAAACUUACUUUUCCCCCCAUAAAAAUUACAUAUUUGUAUGGGGGGAAUGAAUUUAUUUAUACAUUGUGGCACAUCAUGCCAGACAAGCAUUAUUUACUUUGGGGUUUUCAGGCUGAUUUUGUUUAUAUGUAAAGGAUAAGCUAAUUUAGUUAUUAAAAAAAAGAACAUAUCUAGGCUGAUACUGACAGAUUUUUAUUAUGACCACAGAACGAGGAGGUGCUGUCCACACGGUGGGAUUCCGAUGUGCGUACACAGUCAUCACGAAGUCCCCUCUCCCUCACCAUCAAGCCUGAGGACAACAUGGCCGUCGUGAGCUGCGAAGCCAUAAAUCAUGUAACCCCAAUGGCGCUAAGAGCAAGUAUCACCCUCAAUGUUUUGUGUGAGUGUCCCCAUGAAAGUGUUAUAGCGGUUACAAGAUGAUGUGAUUUUUUUUGUGUGUGUGUGUUUUACACUGUAUUAUUUAAAAUGUUUGGCACCCAAGUGGCCAAAACAGAAUAAGAUGUAAUGUUUUCUCUAUGAAAGCCUGCGAGAAGGCCACAGUUUCAGGCGAUAACUAUAAAAACCAAGUUAGGAGGCCAUGAUUUAAGGCUAAAAAAAUCUAUAAUAUCCCUGCCUAUAAAAUGGUUUCUUCAUUGUUUAAUUAGGUAAUUAGUUCAAUUCUGCUCGAAUUUAUCACAAUAUAUAUGGACUGUUGUGAGUCAAUGUGGUUAAAAAAAAACAAUAGAAGCUACAUUUAUUUAAUCUGAAAAACGCAAUCAUGAACAUACAUAUUUAUUAUCUACAUUUAUUGUAAUAAAUAAUUUAUUUCUUCCAAAAUAGCAGAGUUGUAAAAUGUCUCUCGUUCAGCCUGACCUGAAAUAUUUUUCAGUUAAUUAAUCAUUUCAUUGCGACUCGCUGCUUAGUAAAUAAAGCAAAAAAAACUUUUUUCUUUUCAUGCAAUACCGCUAAUCUCGUCUCCAGGCUGAUGUGCCCAUUUAAUGUUUUUUUCCCCCCAAUAUUAGUUCCUCCUACCGAUGUCACCAUCCUUGGAUCUACAUCUGUGAAGGAAAACGCAUCCUUGUCCUUGUCAUGUUAUACGACUCCUAGUAAUCCCCCGGCACAGAUCCGCUGGUGGCUGGGCUCUAAAGAACUUCCAGAGACUGUGGUCGCUGUAAAUGAUGUGAGUGUCUUCCUGCAGUAGCCUACCCAGGCAAAAUAGUGAUGGUCCUAAGAUUUAGAGCGUAGUGGGCCUGGUGCUGACAAUUAUGAUGGGCCUAAUUACAGAAUCUUAUUGGGGAAAAAAUCCUCCCAAGCGUCGUGUAUCUGAUGGAGCUGGUGCUGGAGGUAAACUAACAGAAUAUAUAGCUAUCAUAAAACACAUGCCCUAUGCUAAUCUCUCACUUUCAUUAUUAUUAUUAUUAUGUUACUAUUUAUAUAAGCCAGCAAGUUCUGUAGUGCUGUACAAUCAUCUUUCAAUGACAGUAAAUCCAUACCCCCUAACAGCAGUGUCCAGUGAUGUAGGAAAUCAAUGGGGAGGUAAAAAGAUGGGCCACUGAUCACGUAACCAGAACUGCCGAAAGGGACGAACAGACCCAAAAAGGGGGCAGGACUAGGGAUACGAAGCAGCCCUGGAGAAGAAAAAACGAUGCCAGCCUCAUAAGUCAUUGCGCCAUAUAUUGUCACAUGUAAUAUGUAAGACUAUGUAUAUAAAUAUAUACAUACAUAUCUCCUUACAUAUUAUAUUAAAUGUUUUACUUUUACAUAUUAUAUAUAUUAUAGGUUUUACUCUGAAAGGACCAAUAUCUUAUAUUUCUUUUUCUAAUAUAUAAUAUUGGUCCUUUCAGAGUAAAACAUUUAAUUAUACAGUAAGCAUACUCACAUGCAGGCACAGACAAUCUCACUGACACACACAAGCUCAUUGGUACACAGCCUCAUAGACAAACAAUCUCACUGAUAUACAUCAGCUCAUUAACAUAAAAACACAAGCUCACUGAUGCACACAAAUAGGCUCACUGACAGACAAUCUCACUGACACACACAUACAAGCUUAUUGGUAUACACACAAACGUAGUACAGACAAACUCUGACAUGCACAAGCUUACUACAGACAAGCUCACUAACACACACACACACAAACAUGCUCACUGACACACACAUGCUCACUACAGAAAAGCUCACUGACAUACACAUACAAGCUCACUCACUAGCAGCCACACACACACAUGCUCACUCACUAGCAGACACACACACACAAGCUCACUCACUAGCAGACUCACACAAGCUCUAUCACUAGCAGGCACACACAAAAAAGCUCUAUCACCAGCAGGCCCACACACACACACAUAAACCCUCUCACUAGCAGGCACACACACACACACAAGCUCUCUCACUAGCAGGCACACACACAACGAUAUAUCUUACACAAGGCAAACAAGGCAUUUGCCUUGGGUGGUAUUUUGCAGAGGGCGGCAAAAAAAAGCUGCCCCCAAACUCCCAGGCGGCUCGCUUGUUUGCCUCGUGUCCUAGGGGGGCACAAGAGCUGGCCGGCUGGUGACUUUUGAGCCCCACUCCUGUGGUGGACGGUAGCUUCUAUCGCGGCGGGCAGAAAGGGAGCAUGCUCACCUGAGCUCUUCCUGCUUAACUCCCUUGCGCGCAGCUUAAUGAAGUCGGCUCCCGGCAUCAAUAAGUGGCGCACAAGGGACUGGGCAGGAAGAUUAGAGCUUCUUCGCCGCCUACUCUGCCUGUCCGCCCACUACCUGCCUGCGCAGCUGCCCCACUGGGCCGCAGAUAAGUAAUCCACUCCAGCUCUCCCAGGGAGGCUGGGUGGAUUUAAAUUAAAAUAACAAAAUAAUAAUAAUAAUUUGUUGGGUGUUGGGGGAAAUGUGUGUGUAUGUCUGUGAGUGAAUGUGUGUGUUUCUGUGAGUGUAUAUGUGUGUGUGUCUGUGAGUGAGUGUGUGUGUCUGUAAGUGUGUCUGUGAGUAAGUGUGUGUGUCUGUAAGUGUGUGUGUGUGUGUGUUUGUGAGUGAGUGUGUGUCUGUCAGUGAGUGUGUCUGUGUCUGUCAGUGUGUGCGCCUGUCAGUGUGUGUCUGAGUAAUAGUGUGUGUCAAAUCAGUGAGUGUUUGUGUAUGUCAUUGAUUGUCAUGUAUAUGAGAACGUGUGUCUGUCAAUGAGUGUACAUGUCUGUCAAUGACGGGGCAUGUGGACAAAAUUGUUGUAAAUUGUGCUGGGAGGCUGACAGAUCUCCCUCUGGCCGCUAGCAGCCUAAUUGCAGUCACACUAGCCCCCAGCUGCUCCCUCUUUAUUCCCCUUGGGCACAGUCCAAGAUGAAAAUAUUUAAAUGACAUGAGUCUGAUGAUUAGGGCUGUCAGUCCGGGAAAUUUCCCGGUAUUCCGGUGGGCCAGUCCGGCCCUGCCUAGCACGUGCUGGUCCACUCCUGACCUAAUCUUCUUACUAGCAGGCAGAAGCUCCUGUUAUACAGUCUGGGACAGAGAAAAGGUGGAUGUUGUGAGUGUAGAAGAAAGAGAACAUGCCACAGUGUUACAGAGACCAAAGCAGCACAAGCAUUUACAUAGUGCGCAAAGUCAGCUUUACCAUAACUAAUUUGAUUGUCAGCCAGUCCACACAAGUUUUGUUCCCCUACAUCCCUCUUAAGUUUCCAUACUUAAGUAAGAGCAUGUGAAGAGUAGUAAAAAAAAGAUAUAUAUAUUUUUUAAAUCAAUGGUCCUAUUUCAUGGACAUGAAUUUAGAGCUGCAGCUCCAUCAGCCCUGGUCCUAAGAAUAAAUAUAUCUUAGAACCAUCAGUAUUUCCAAUUGUCCAUAUCCUGCAUGGAAGUAUUGACUUGUUAUUUAACAGCAAAAAAUAAAAGUUACAAAUGUAUUUUUAUUAUUUUAGCACAUUCUUAUUUUGUUUGGGGCUGAUCAAUUCUAUUCUCUGUUCGUGUGACCAAAGGAGUCAACAAUAAUAUUUUAAUGGUAGCCGCCAAAAUACAGUAAAGGAGUUUAAGCAUGUGUGGGAUAGGCAUAAGGCUAUCCUAACUAUAAGAUAAGGCUAGGGGCUAAUGAAAGUAUUUAGAAAAUUGGGCAGACUAGAUGGGCUGAAUGGUUCUUAUCUGCCGUCACAUUCUAUGUUUCUAUGUAUUGACGGGUAUAUUUCACUUGAACUAAUUAGUGCUAGUUAGCACACAGCUAUGUUUAAAUGUUGUGCAUUUAAAGUCCAUAUAAACCAUGAUUCCUAGCUUUUUUAUAAAGACUUGGUUGUCGAUGAGAUGUUGCAUGUUACAUAUGUUAUCUCUCAUUACUAUAGUUUGCAUAUUUCUGUAUGAGAUUAUUGAAUAAUGUAGAGGUAUAUUCACUAAAUUGUGAAUUGUAAAAGCAUAGCAAGGGGUGCGUAUGUUAGGCCAAAACUGUAGAAUUGAAAAAAUUACUUUGGGAAUUUUUUAUCCUAAAAUAUGUACUUUACUUGUCAAUUCUUUAUAAUUUGCAGUUUAGAGAAUAAACACCAGUUCUCUCUGUGAUGAUUCUCUUUUUCUACACAGGGAGCGUUUGGGGGGAAAGUGACCAUGUCGAAUAUUACGGAGUUGGCUUAUAAAGCACAGGACGGGAUGCAGUUAACGUGCGAGGCUUUCAACGAAGCCAUUCCAAAAACCAUCUCCAAAAUGAUCACACUUAGCGUGCAACGUGAGGGAACGCAAUUUCUUAAUGUCAUUAAUGCCAAACUGCAAUGAUCACCAAACGGGCUCGGAGGUUUUAGGAUUUCUGUUAAUUAUGACCUUGAUUUAACAUAUUUUUAUAAACUUUUCAAAAUAUUUAAUAUUUUAAAAUUUUGUGAUUAUUUUUUAUUUAUGAAAUAUUUUUUAAUUAGGUUACUAGUUUGAAAAAGCUAUUUGAAAAGCUUAUUGAAAAAAUAUGAUAUCAUUUGUAACGCUUAUCCAAAAAUAUAAAAUUAAUGCCAAUGUCAGAUGUACAAAUAUAGUUGUGGGCAAAGGUUAUGCCCAACCUGGUGCUCAGUGAUUCCCAAACCAGUCAUCAAGGCUGCCCUACCAGUCCAGGAUUUAGUGAUUACUCAGUUGUAUCUAAGUUGUUUUUAGAAAAGAAAACAACACCCAAAACAGAGAAGCACCUUAAACAAUGCUGGGUAAUCCCUAAAUUCUGGCCUGGUAGGGGCGCCACGAGGACCGGUUUGUUAAACACUGGGUUAGCUUGUUAUAGUAAAUAGAAAAAAAAUCUGUAUUUAGAAAAAAAGUAAUUCAGAAAAUGUCGCCCCUACAUAAGUAGCACAUGUCGCCCCUACAUAAAUAGCAAGUCGCCCCUACAUCAAUAUCACAGGUCGCCCCUACAUAAAUAGCACAGGUCGCCCCUACAUAAAUAGCAAGUCGCCGCUACAUAAAUAGCAAGUCGCCCCUACAUAAAUAGCACAUGUCGCCCCUACAUAAAUAGCAAGUCGCCCCUACAUAAAUAGCACAUGUCGCCCCUACAUAAAUAGCAAGUCGCCCCUACAUAAAUAGCACAGGUCGCCCCUACAUAAAUAGCACGUCGCCCCUACAUAAAUAGCACAGGUCGCCCCUACAUAAAUAGCAAGUCGCCCCUACAUAAAUAGCACAGUCGCCCCUACAUAAAUAGCAAGGCCCCACAUAAAUCGCCCCUACAUAAAUAGCACAGGUCGCCCCUACAUAAAUAGCACAGGUCGCCCCUACAUAAAUAGCAAGUCGCCCCUACAUAAAUAGCACAUGUCGCCCCUACAUAAAUAGCACAGGUCACUUCCUACAUAAAUAGCAAGCACAGGUCGCCCCUACAUAAAUAGCAAGUCGCCGCUACAUAAAUAGCACGUCGCCCCUACAUAAAUAGCACAGGUCGCCCCUACAUAAAUAGCACGUCGCCCCUACAUAAAUAGCACAGGUCGUCCCUACAUAAAUAGCACAGAUCGCCCCUACAUAAAUAGCAAGUCGCCCCUACAUAAAUAGCAAGUCGCCCCUACAUAAAUAGCACAGGUCGCCCCUACAUAAAUAGCACAGGUCGCCCCUACAUAAAUAGCACGUCGCCCCUACAUAAAUAGCACGUCGCCCCUACAUAAAUAGCACAUGUCGCCCCUACAUAAAUAGCACAUGUCGCCCCUACAUAAAUAGCACGUCGCCCCUACAUAAAUAGCACAUGUCGCCCCUACAUAAAUAGCACAUGUCGCCCCUACAUAAAUAGCACGUCGCCCCUACAUAAAUAGCACAGGUCGCCCCUACAUAAAUAGCAAGUCGCCCCUACAUAAAUAGCACAGGUCGUCCCUACAUAAAUAGCACAGGUCACCCCUACAUAAAUAGCAAGUCGCCCCUACAUAAAUAGCAAGUCGCCCCUACAUAAAUAGCACAGGUCGCCCCUACAUAAAUAGCACAGGUCGCCCCUACAUAAAUAGCAAGUGGCCCCUACAUAAAUAGCACAGGUCGCCCCUACAUAAAUAGCACGUCGCACCUACAUAAAUAGCACAGGUCGCCCCUACAUAAAUAGCACAUGUCGCCCCUACAUAAAUAGCAAGUCGCCCCUACAUAAAUAGCACAUGUUGCCCCUACAUAAAUAGCACAGGUCGCCCCUACAUAAAUAGCACAGGUCGCCCCUACAUAAAUAGCAAGUCGCCCCUACAUAAAUAGCACAUGUCGCCCCUACAUAAAUAGCAAGUCGCCCCUACAUAAAUAGCACAGGUCGCCCCUACAUAAAUAGGACAGGUCGCCCCUACAUAAAUAGCACAGGUCGCCCCUACAUAAAUAGGACAGGUCGCCCCUACAUAAAUAGCACGUCGCCCCUACAUAAAUUGGAGUACAAACACUCCAAGUGUACUCUCUCUUAAAAUAAAACAAAACAAACCCAUGGAAAAGGUGUGGUGUACUACUUUUCCACACUAUAAGCAAAUAUAAAUAUUACUGGUAAAAUUUAAAGAAAACCAUUAUGUAGCAGUAAUUGUAAUUCCUUGUGAGGGUAAUAAUGGCGGUCAUAUUGCAGAUUGUCAGAUUACCGGUAAUGUGUUAACAAAUUCAGCUUUCUUCUUCUCUUUAUCUCUUAAAAUGAACUGGAUAUAAAGAGAAACACAAUAUAUUAACACACUUUUUAUAAAGCAUAAAAAUAUUGGCUUAUGCACUGACACACAGUCAUGGUGGACACAUACUGGCUUAGUUCACAAACAAAUUUCAAAUGGAUUCCAUUCCUGGCCUCCCGAUCAAUUUAUAAUUCCUUUUUCUCUGAUACUAUUGGCACGAAGGCCAUGACAUAGAAACGUAGAAUGUGACGGUAGAUAAGAACCAUUCGGCCCAUCUAGUCUGCCCAAUUUUCUAAAUACUUCCAUUAGUCCCUGGCCUUAUCUUAUAGCUAGGAUAGCCUUAUGCCUAUUCCACACAUGCUUAAACUGAAUUAACCUCUACCACUUCAGCUGGAAGGCUAUUCCAUGCAUCCACUACCCUCUCAGUAAAGUAAUAAUUCCGGAUAUUAUUUUUAAACCUUUGUCCCUCUAAUUUAAGACUAUGUCCUCUUGUUGUGAUAGUUUUUCUUCUUUUAAAUAUAGUCUCCUCCUUUACUGUGUUGAUUCCCUUUAUGUAUUUAAAUGUUUCUAUCAAACCCCCCUGUCUCGUCUUUCCUGCAAGCUAUGCAUGUUCAGUUCCUUUAACCUUUCCUUGUAAGUUUUAUCCUGCAAUCCAUGAACCAGUUCUCUAAAGUAUCAAUAUCCUUCUGGAGAUAGGGUCUCCAGUACUGCGUAUAAUACUCCAAGUGAGGUCUCACCAGUGUUCUGUACAAUGGCAUGAGCACUUCCCUCUUUCUACUGCUAAUACCUCUCCCUAUACAACCAAACAUUUUGCUACCUACUACUACUACAUGGUGGACUCGAAAGGCCAUAGAGACCUAGGAGUGUGAUGACUUCAUUGUGUGGUGACAUCAGAAUGUAUAACGUGUUUCGACUUUGAGCCGUCUUCUCCAUGGAAUGCCUUAAGGAAGCUGACUUAACAUAGAAACGUGUAGUCUAUUCCAUGACACCAUCUUUAUUUUAAAUUCAUUUUUAAAUGGAAUGAAUGCUCCUUAUCCCCUUUGUCUGUUAGAUCCUCCAGAGAAACUUUGGAUAGAUGCCCCUCCGUCUGACAAGCGUUUUCGGGCAGGAGCUACGGUGAAGCUGACCUGUUACUGCAGUGGUGGGAACCCAAAGCCUCAACUUACCUGGACCAAGGUCAGAUACUACAUGUUUCCUCUUAUCUGUCUGGAUACUCAAAGUGAAGGGACAUGCAGAGGACCAUAAACAAACCCAUUUAGGAUUGUGUAUCUAGUUCUGCCUCCUGCAUUAUAUCUUGAAGAUAGUUGAGGUAUUAUUUUAGUUUUUUGGGCACCAAACCACAAGCUGACUAUCUUAAAAAGAUUAUUCUAUUAUAGUAUAGGAAAGGGCUAAAUUGUAGUAAAUUUGAUUUUCGAUAGGCAGACUAAAUAUCAUUUUUAACUUUCUAAAUCUUAUUCCUUUAUGAAUUGCUUUGUACUCUGAACUUUUUCAAAGACUGUUACUAUUAACAUCAAUAUACAAGGUUUGUCCGGAAAGUAUCCAGCCAUGUAAUAUAAAAAAUAGAGACAUUUAUUGAAGAAGAUACAAGAUACAAGUAACCUCAGUCCCCUUCAACGUAGGCACCUUGGGAACGUGCACUGUUCUCCCAGCAUCUCUUCCACUGUUUAAAACAAUCUUCAAAAGCCUUUUGUUGGAAUCGCCAUCAGCUGCCUCGCUGUAUUUACCUAAAUCUCGUCAACAGUCUGAAAUCUCUUCCCUUUCAAAGGUGAUUUUAGUUUUGGGAAAAGCCAGAAGUCGAAAGGCACCAAAUCUUUCAACAGAUUCUCGACCAUCUUUGAAGCAUUUGUGCCACACCUUUAUUUGUGCUGCACUCAUUGCAUCGUCCCCGAAAGCCUUCUGAAUCACCCGAAUAGUUUCCGUGGAGGAAUGUUCAAGCUUAACGCAGACUUUGAUGCAGAUUCGUUGCUCUACUCGCUCAGUCAUUUUAAAUGUGAUGGCCACACAGUACAAAUGCUCACUCAACGAUGUCUAGCACUGACAAGUACAGUGAAGUCAUCAAUGUUCACACAUGUGCAUUCCGUCCACUCUCCUUGACUGGCAGGUAACAUCGAUGUCGCACAAACCGUUCUCGUUAUAUUAACAAUGGCUGGACUUUUUCAGGACAGACCUUGUAUUCUGCAAUAUUUUACGAUUAUAGAAAGGGUACAUUUAGUGGUGUGAAUGGUCCUUACACUCUAUAUAAUAAAGGGAGAUAUAAUGCCUUAUUGUCAGUAAGGUGGUCUGAUUCGAAUUAAACCUGGGCUUCCCAGUCGAUCUAUAUGUAGCAGUACACAGUACAUAAAUAACAUGCACUCUAUAAAAUCAGUACUCCAUAAACUCAGUGCAUUAUAUACACUCAUUACGCUAUAUAAAAUAUAUUAUAUACAACUAAUACACUAUAUAAAAUAUGCUACAUACACUCAGUACAUUCAACAUUUUAUUUCCUUGUCAACCAGUCACAACUAUUUUUAGAAGAAAUACACAUGAAAUUGCAAAGGAACAGUUAAUUAAAAUAUUGCAUUGCAUUUAUGAUUAAAGACGUGUACUUGACUUUUUUUAUUUUGGAAUCUGUAAGAAACGUAUAUUUUAUUGGCGUUGGAACGUUGUUGUUAUAUUCCAGGACAAUAGCAACGUGCGUGAUGCAGUGGUGGUUCCUUCAGGGAAAAUAGUGUCUAAAGAGAUUACUAUCGUCACUGCUCCGAAUGACAAUCAAGCCGCGUAUCGCUGUGACGUGCGUUAUGACAGCAAAGUGGUGCUGAAAGAGGUGACGAAGUUACACGUGCAGUGUGAGUGGCAUUUCAUGAUAAUUGUGCUGUACAGGCAGGGCAGAGUGGAGGGUUACUCAUAUUUCGGUCUGGGAUUAAAUGUAAUCCACUCACUAAUACAACACCGGCCCCAGAAAUCUCAGGGUUUUAAAAAAACAAUGUGUCUAUUUUUACAGUCCCACCGAUAGACGUGAAAAUCACCAGCAAUGCCAAGGAGUUCAAGCGUAGAAGCACCAUCACUCUAACCUGCGUCACUGGCAGUAGUAAUCCUAGAGCAACCAUUUCCUGGAUGAAGGACGGACAGCAGUACGUGAUCUCCAUGUCCAUCUCCGAGGCUGGCAUGUACCCAAAACUGCCUGGUAAUACUGUCUCCUUCUGCAGGUUAAAAGCCCAGGAUUUGGGGACAAAAUCAUCUUUAUAUGGUGGGAUGUCUACCUCCAGCCGUAUAACUUUCACAGCAUUAUCCAUAGACCAUGAGAAGCGCAUUGCCUGUGAAGCCUACAGCAGCAUUCUAGGAGAGGGGGUGAACACCUUUUACAAACUGAAUAUUCUGUGUGAGUAUCGUAUUUUGGUUUAAUAUGUUUGAUAUCCUUUAACUAAGCCAGUCUGUACUGUGUGAAAGGGGUGAAAUACCAGCCAGAAACCAAGUAAUCCUGAUCCUGAGACAAGUCAUCACCGAUCAAAGGCCAAGGUGCACAUUAAAUGCAGUUAUGAACAGUCACAGUCCAUCGAAGGUUGUAGACUGUGGAAUAUGGAAACCAUCAAAUACACGCUGAGUUUAAGGCAACCAAGAAAGGUUAUGGUAGCAGAGAAGGUCUCCUAACUCCCAGUUUAUUUUGCGGGAUUUUGACACCAAUCUCAUCCCUUUUCCAGUUCCACCGGAAUUCCCAGAUGAUAAGCCCAAGGUGGUCCAAGCUGUGGAGCAUGGGGCGGCCCUAAUCCCAGUGAACGUCAGGGCCAAUCCUGCUGUGACUACCUACACGUGGAGCCGCGGAGGACGGAAACUGACUGGAGGUGAGGGCAUGACAGCAGUAUGAUGAAAUUGACUCAAAUCAAGGACGGUUACUCACGGUUAACUCAAGUGGGAAUUUAUACAAACUCAAAUGAAAUUGCACAUUUUACACCAAAAGAGCAGAGAUAAAAGUAUAGCUGAGAUUUUUUUUUAAGGUUUGUCUGUUUUGGCCUAAAAUGUAAAUUCACUUAAUAAAGACAAUAAACGGUUUUGUUAAUAAAAUUGAUAGAAUAAAUAGAAGGCUGGCACUGCCCAAAAUAUACAAGUCAUCGACAGGACCCCAACUACACAAAGCUUCACUCAUGCCAGAGAGGGAAGGAAGGCUGCGUAGUUAGCUGUAACACAGCAAGGCCGUCAAAGGUUAAUUUCUUUUGGUAAAGGUCCAAACACACGAAUCCCUGGCUUGGACAUUCCUUAAACUGUAGAAUUCUUCAUACUAUCUGUUAUUGUUUCCCAGAUUGGUUCAGGAUGGUUGUAGUAAUCACUUCUUGUUUCACUACAUCUCACAGCCUGCAUCCAUCCUCCUGUACCUGACCGCCUACUCAUCAAGUGUCACAUUCGUCAUAUAAAUAAUACUUUUCAGGGAGGGGAGAGUUAGCUCGUGUACUGCAUUUUUGCAUAAUGAGUUUCAUGGGAAAUAGUCUAAUAUUUCUGCUUAAAAAUACCUUAUAACACCUGGAGGAGAGUAAGCACAAUAUAUAGACACCAUUUUUGCCCAUUUAAUUAAUCAUGUGUUUACUUUAUUGGAUCAGGAAGAUGAUUUACCUUGUUUGCAGGGUAUGGUAGGUACAAUACAGGGACCGGGGAGUGUUCUAACUUAGAUACUGUGUUUGCAGAGGGAGCGUACAGACACCACCUGCAGGGAGCCGGAAACCUGGAGAUUUGGAACGUGAGCCGGGCUGACUCCGGGGAAUACAAUGUAACCUGCGAGAAUAAAGAAGGAAACAGCAGCACACUCAUGUGGCUGGACGUGCUGUGUAAGACAGGAGGCUGUACUGUGAAAUGCGUUGGCCAUGGAUAAUAACAUAGGAGCACAACUAAUUUAAUAAAUAUAAAAAUAUAUAUAAACGUUAUUGUAAUGCAAUAUAUAAAAUACACACACACAAGUAAUACAAAUAACUUAUUAAGGACCAGAUCAAAUCUAAACGCAAAUGCAUAAACAUCAACAAGCUUGAGCGUUACAAGUGCAAAGAUUAUUCAAUGGCACAAUGUUGGAAAAACACGCAAUAAUCAUCCCCAAAAUAGUAGAGGGAUACACGCUAUAUCCCCAGUCAAAUCAUGAAAAAACACCUAUCACCUGGGGACUGUGGCCACCCAAUUAAUGAACUUACAGUGAACAUCGAUGUAAUACCGUGAUAACAACAGGGUACUGUCAUAACAAAACACCACUUGUACGAGUUUAUUCACUACAGAAUUGUAAUGAAUUGGAUACAUAAAGUUAAAUAUAUAUCAAUACUGUGACUACAACUGCAUUACAGAGCUAGCCAUUGGCCACCAUGAGUCAGCCAUUGGCCACCAUGACUCAGCCAUUGGCUACCAUGACUCAGCCAUUGGCCCUCAGGAGCCAGCUAUUGGCCCUCAGGAGCCAGCCAUUGGCCCUCAGGAGCCAGCCAUUGGCCACCAUAAAAACCUACCAAGGUUAAUUCAGUAAACGGUAAGUUGUGGUAUAAAUAUGUAUUUGAGCUACAAAAAGGCAGAAUGAAAAUAGAGCAACAUCUUUAGUAUCAAUGAUAAAAUCUGGUUUAUGGGUCAUUGUUUAGUGAAUAAACCAUUCGGCGUGUCUCAUAUCUUGCCAGAGGAAGCUUGGCUGUCAGUCAAUGUCAGCCUAUCACAGAUCAGCUAGUUUAUUGAUUAUAGAUUAGGUGAUCAUAUCAGAUAAUAAAACCUUUAGUAACUUGCUUCCAUCUUCCAUAGAUGCCCCUUCUAUCCGCAGUAUCACUGACCCAACAGAGGUGGAUCUAGGAGAGACGGCGGAGAUCGUUUGUACGGCUGAUGCCAAUCCUGUGACGGACACAAUGUUUCAGUGGAAAUGGCUGGUUUGGAUCUCAUUGUUUUAACAUUGUGCAAUCAAAAUUGAUUCCUUUCACUUUGCAGUCAAUGUUUAUGUUGUUAAAGGAUAUUUAAUAGGAUGUUGACUCAUCUCUUACAUUAUGUGUUGGUGAAGAGAAAUGUUAAUGUAGAAAUCUGCAUAGCUGUAAUUAGCAGUAUACUGGGUCUGGGCGCCGCCAUCUUAGCUCCCUGUCAAUCAUUAUCAUUAUCUCAGCCCUCUGCACCUGGCAGUCAGUAUAGAGAGAGCCACCUCCAUCUUAGCUCCCUGUCAAUCAUUGUUAUAAGCUCCGCCCUUUACACCUGGCAGUCAGUAUAGAGAGAGCCGCCUCCAUCUUAGCUCCCUGUCAAUCAUUGUUAUAAGCCCCGCCCUUUACACCUGGCAGUCAGUAUAGAGAGAGCCGCCUCCAUCUUAGCUCCCUGUCAAUCAUUGUUAUAAGCCCCGCCCUUUACACCUGGCAGUCAGUAUAGAGAGAGCCGCCUCCAUCUUAGCUCCCUGUCAAUCAUUGUUAUAAGCUCCGCCCUUUACACCUGGCAGUCAGUAUAGAGAGAGCCGCCUCCAUCUUAGCUCCCUGUCAAUCAUUGUUAUAAGCUCCGCCCUUUACACCUGGCAGUCAGUAUAGAGAGAGCCACCUCCAUCUUAGCUCCCUGUCAAUCAUUGUUAUAAGCUCCGCCCUUUACACCUGGCAGUCAGUAUAGAGAGAGCCGCCUCCAUCUUAGCUCCCUGUCAAUCAUUGUUAUAAGCUCCGCCCUUUACACCUGUCAGUCAGUAUAGAGAGAGCCACCUCCAUUUUAGCUCCCUGUCAAUCAUUGUUAUAAGCUCCGCCCUUUACACCUGUCAGUCAGUAUAGAGAGAGCCACCUCCAUCUUAGCUCUCUGUCAAUCAUUGUUAUAAGCUCCGCCCAUUACACCUGGCAGUCAGUAUAGAGAGAGCCACCUACAUCUUAGCUCCCUGUCAAUCAUUGUUAUAAGCUCUGCCCUUUACACCUGGCAGUCAGAAUAGAGAGCCACCUCCAUCUUAGCUCCCUGUCCAUCAUUGUUAUAAUCUCUGCCCUCUCCACCUUGCUAUCAGCAUAGAGAGAGAGCGUAAGGAGAGGAGGAGAAACAUAAACAAUGUUAACACAAGUUCUAGGUGAUUUUUAAUGUUUUAUUCAGUGAUAGCAUAUUCAGAGAAUGACUAUUAUCCUCUUAUCCAGGAGAAAAGUAACAAGUAACCAAUCCUGUCUCUCCACAAUAUCCCUAUUGUCUGGUAACCACCAAAAAUCCAGCCUCCCCUGCCUUGCCCAUAGCUUAGUAGAGCACUAUGGGAAAUGGCGCUCAUGAACAGUUGGGGCGCCAUCACUGCAUUAUUGGAAGGGCCUCAGUUUGGGCUUUUACUCCAUGACCUGGCCCAGUCACGCCACCAAUGGCUACAAGAGGUGAGGUGUUGGCAAACGGAAAUCCCCAGGUUUGUGAUAAGUAUCCUUCUUGUCCAUACAUGAGGUCUGUUCUCUCUGUAAGUGGCUCUAUGGACAGAAAUUAUUACUAUGAACUAGAAUUACUAGAACUGUGGCGUUCUUUCUUCCCCCUGUCCAAACCUGCUAUUGGCACUGGCCUCAGGACUUAUAAUCUAAGAGAGAUCAGACCUUAUUCAUGUUACUGACCUCAUCUUUUUACAGGGAGAUGACGAGAGGACCCUGUCUGAUAAGGAACAUCAAGUUAGCGGACUAACUGGGCGUCUAAUUAUCCACCAAGCAAACAGGUCUGAUGCAGGGCGCUACGAGUGUAUGGUGGACAAUGGAAUCCCACCGCCCAUCAAGGCUGUCGCACGAUUGAUUGUCCGCUGUACGUGAGACCCUCUGCUGUAUUUUCUGUAUAAAACUUACACAAUUGCCAUUAACGCAGACAGAUAGACUGCAGGGAACAUUUACUAGCUGAACGGAACAUGAGAUUUUAAUUAUUGGAUUCAAACAAUCUCCAGAGAGACUGGUGUAAAACAUGCCCAACCUGCGCACAUUGUAUAUCAUUAUAAACCCCCGGUGCCAGGAGAAUUGGGUGUAACUGUAGGCUUUUGCAUGUUACAAUGUGCUCACAUUUAUCACCUAUGUGUAGCUCAGCAGCUCUAGGAUAACCCCUACAAAUCUCAGGAAGCCAGUAUGUGUCGUCUAUUAACAUAAACCCAAACUAAAGAACAUAAAAUAUAUAAAAACCCAGCUCUACAAAUGAUCAUUUAUUUCCAUCAGUGUUCUGUGUGUGGGGUUACACAGUUAUUUGUAGAAAUGGACGCGGCUCUGAAUAUAUUUACACCCUGAAACAGUGACUAGAUAUGUAGCAGGUUACUUUAUUUUUAGACAAUUGCUGAAACAAUGUACUAACUAUUUAAAUAAAGAACGAUGACCCGAAACAAAUCUACUGUUAUUUAUAAAAUCUUUUACUUUGUAUUUUAAAGUGCAUGAUGUGUCCGGCAGUUUUUAUAACAAUUACAUUUGCAGAAAAAAAAAAAAAUUAAGACAAAGCUGAAGUUGCUGUGUUAAUGGUUCCAUUUUGUUUCUCUAAAAUCUGUGUUUUAACCCAAAACUACCACAUUUGGCUGAUAUCUGCUCCUAAUGGAAUUGUAUUCUAAAUUUAUUCCACGAAAUGAGGAGAAACAAGUUUUAAAUCAGUUAUUUUUAUACCCUUAUAUGUCUUUUUACCUGUGUCUUGCACAUUUAUUCUCAAAUAGCAGCAAUUUAAAAUUCAUCUAUUUUGAGAAGCAGAAAUCGAUUUCAGUUCUGUAAAAGUAAUUAGAUAAUUAUUUAUAUAAACCACAUGGACCCAUUGUAUUCAACAUGAAUAUUUUAUGAUAUAAAAACGCUCUCUUCUUGGUGCACGCGGAGUUGAGUCAAUAUUCUCUGAGCUAAAGAUAUUUUAGUUUAAUUGUUCCGUUUAAUAUAUUUUCCCUGUGUUUGUCUUACCCUGCAGUUAAGCCAGAAAUUCAGAAAGGGGUGCACCUGAGCAAAGUAGCGGUGUCCGGUGAUGGGAAGAACGCCGUGGGUCUUGUGUGCAAAGCUGAAGGGAUCCCAAAUGUGGCUUUUAGUUGGGCUAAAAAUGGGGUGACUUUGGAUUACAAAAACCCCCGGUAAGUGCCUUCAUUUCUUUAUUUGGAGAGCUCUGUCUCACUUGAUGUUUUAUCGACACAGUUCACACUUUAAGAAGCUGUAUGUUAAUUAUGAGUCAUGUCAACCCUUAGAUAUUUCUUCUACUUGUCCAUUAAACGAAGAGAUAACAAUCUCUAUUUUAAGUGACUUCGGUCCACUCCGAUUGGCUGCUGCACGCGUUGACCCUUGUAAUCAUUCUUUAUGCUCUGUCCUGCCGCUUAUACAGGUAUUCAGAGAAGACGCUGCAUGAAACGUGGAUUCACACUAGCACACUUGUCAUUGUUAAUGUCAGCGCCGUCCAUGAUUACGCUCUAUUCACGUGCACGGCGACCAACGCUCUCGGAGUGGACAGCUUCACCAUUCAGCUCGUCAGCACCAGUAAGAUAAAAGUUCCGGAUUGUCUUUAACAAUAUUUAAAUCAUUCCCUGAAAUUAAAAUUAGUGAGUACACAUAGCAAAGUCAUUAAGCAGUCAAUAAUAUACUAAGCAGCAAAUUACGGUCUCGUCAAAUGACUCACAAAUUACAAAACUUCGGCUAAAACACCCAAACUGUGACCAUCACUGAGUUGGAAAAUGAUUUCAGAUCCCUAUUCGGUCGUAAAAUUCACAUUUUGGUUUUCAUUUGAGUACAGCUCACUGUCUGGUCAAUAAACGUUUUACGGGUUAUUCACUAAAAUGGGGAUUGUUAGGAAUUCAAAGUAAAUUUCAAAUGUUAGGAAAAAAUAUGGGAACUGGAAACGUACAUGAUUUAUACAAAUGGUCAAUUUUUUAACCUAAAAUGUAAAACUCACAUCGAGCCCUUGUCUGGUGGAAUAUGACAAAUUCCACCGAUGUUGGUAGGAGAGAGAUUUUAACAAUUUGUAUUAUUCGUCAAUGAAAGUUUGAAAAGAUAGAAAAUGUCCUGAAGAAAAUCAUUGUUAUUUUACAAGUCAACUUUUUAUUUACCCCUUACCAAGAUUACACAUCGCAUUCUUGCAGAUUACUUCGAAAAUAAUCUAAAAUAAGACAAAUCGUUCUUUGCUGUGCGUUAAUUAUUAAAUGUACCCACGUGGGUCUGUUUUAUAAUAUUGAUAUUGAGAAUAUUCCAACAAUUUAAUAUUACUACAUAGCUGGAUAAUGUUCUCAGUACAAGUAUUACUAAAAUAUUUUUGUCAAUUAAUAGAUAUAUUUAUUAACUUGCAUAGAUCAGUUAUAUAGCGCUUUAGAAGAUGCUGUAAUUACACAAACUCAUCCUGGAGAAAUCUCUUUCUUUGUUUUUUAAUGGUUUGUUUAUGUGGAAUUAUUAAGCCUCAAAAAGGUUUUUUUUGUUUAUUUCAUAAAUAGGGAGCUGUAAUAAAGGCCUCAAUUUAAUAUUUUUGAAUAAACGUUGAAAUGAUUUAAUAUUAGUUGAUAUACUUACAUAUUUUUACAUAUUUUUGUCAUUUUUAUAUUUUGGAAAAAAAAUAUCUAAAAGUUUAUCAAAACAUAUAAAAUCGUUUUAACAGCUCGUCCAAAAAUAUUACAAUGAGGCCAAACUGAUAAAAACAGAAAUUUAUCAAAUCAUCUAUUUUUCGAGCUUUUAGCCCAAAUCUUACAGUUUGUUGUUGUUCUGUUCAGUUCACAGUUUAGUGCAUAAAUAACACACAGGUUGGGCUCGCUGUCUCAUUUUUACGUCCCCCCAUGUACUCUUGCUCCGCAGGUCGCCCAGACCCCCCUUUUGGUCUAAGAGUCCUUAGCUUCACACAUAACUCUGUGACCCUCGGGUGGAGUGCUGGGUUUGACGGGGGUGAGAAACAGCAAUUUCGAGUCAGGUGAGGAUGUAACGUGUAGAGCUGGAGCUAUUACUUUAUAUAUUGGGCAACUCUCACAAUGUUCAUACUAGAUGGGCCAAAUGGUUCUUAUCUACCGUCACAUUCUAUGUUCUAUGUUGAGACAGACUAAUACUGAGCAGCAGAUUUUACACUCAACUUGUUUAGGAUUAAACUAACAUCCCAUUAACUAACAGAGCCUCACUCCGUAUCAACUUACACAACCUCACUCCAUGUCAUCUUACACAACCUCACUCCGUAUCAACUUACACAACCUCACUCCGUAUCAACUUACACAACCUUUCUCCAUGUCAACUUACACAACCUCACUCCAUGUCAUCUUACACAACGUCACUCCUGAAUCAACUUACACAACCUCACUCCAUGUCAGCUUACACAACCUCACUCCAUGUAUACUUACGCAACCUCACUCCAUGUCAUCUUACGCAACCUCAAUCCGUAUCAACUUACACAACCUCACUCGAUAUCAACUUACACAACCUCACUCCGUAUCAACUUACACAACCUCACUCUGUAUCAACUUACACAACCUCACUCGAUAUCAGCUUACACAACCUCACCCCAUAUCAACUUACACAACCUCACUACGUAUCAACUUACACAACCACACUCCAAGUCAACUUACAGAACCUCACUCUGUAUCAACUUACACAACCUCACUCCAUGUCAACUUACACAACCUCACUCGAUAUCAACUUACACAACCUCACUCCAUGUCAACUUACACAACCUCACUCCGUGUCAACUUACACAACCUCACUCGAUAUCAACUUACACAACCUCACUCCAUGUCAACUUACACAACCUCACUCUGUGUCAACUUACACAACCUCAUUUGAUAUCAACUUACACGACCUCACUCCAUGCCAACUUACACAACCUUUCUCCAUGUCAACUUACACAACCUCACUCCAUGUCAUCUUACACAACGUCACUCCGUAUCAACUUACACAACCUCACUCCAUGUCAACUUACACAACCUCACUCCGUAUCAACUUACACAACCUCACUCGAUUUCAACUUACACAACCUCACUCCGUAUCAACUUACACAACCCCACUCUGUGUCAACUUACACAACCUCACUCCGUAUCAACUUACACAACCUCACUCCAUAUCAGCUUACACAACCUCACUCCGUAUCAACUUACACAACCUCACUAUGUAUCAACGUACACAACCACACUCCAAGUCAACUUACAGAACCUCACUCUGUAUUAACUUACACAACCUCACUUGGUAUCAACUUACACAACCUCACUUGGUAUCAACUUACACAACCUCAUUUGAUAUCAACUUACACAACCUCACUCCAUGCCAACUUACACAACCUCACUCCAUGUCAACUUACACAACCUCACUCCAUAUCAAUUUACACAACCUCAUUCCAUAUCAACUUACACAAUCUCACUCCAUAUUAACUUAUACAACCUCUCUCUUUAUUAACAAACACAACUUUACUCCAUAUCAACUUACAAAAAACAUCUCUCUGUAUCAACAAACACAACCUCUCUCCGUAUCAAUUUACACAACCUCACUCAGUAUCAACUUACACAACCUCCCUUUUAUCAACUUACACAACCUCCCUCUGCAUUAACUUACACCAUAUUAUUUUUAUUAUUUUAUUAUUUAUAUAGCGCCAUCAGAUUCCGUAGCGCUGUACAAUGGAUAUAUCAUAUUACAUAACCUUACUCUGUAUCGAUUUACACAACAUCCCUCUACCUGAUAUAAAAGUCCCUUUUUUGUUUUGUAUAUAAUUUGUUCAGUAAUAAUCAUUAACACUGAAUGUCUUUAUACAUUUAUGAAUUGUUUGAUUAGUACGAGUUACCUGAGGUAGUCCAUGCUCUAAUGGCAUUAAAGCGUCUCUCACGCACUCUGUAACAUUAUCUCAGGGUUUGGUGGAGAAGGUAACAAUGUCUCUUUUAGGUACCGAUGGCCGGGAGCCGGAAGUUUCAUGUACGUUGAUGUAUUCCCACCCGAAGCUCCGGUUUUCACCAUCACGGGGCUGAGCGGGAACACGACCUAUAACUUCUCUGUGAAUGCGGUCAAUGUUCUAGGAGACAGCGAUUAUGCGGACAGUGGGGCUAUCAUCAGCGUCACAACGCAAGGUGACCAGCUAGACUCCAAGGGGGAGAUUUAUCAACAAUGUGCUCCAAAGAGAUCUCUUUAUUUUAUCUCAGAUCUGUUCCUAUUUAUUAAAUAGUUCUCGAUAUGGUCUAAUAAGUGUUGGCUUUUCUCUUCCCAAAUUCUGCCAAUUUACACUGAAUUAUCCAUUUAUAAAAAGUCCGCCAAAUACAGAAAAAAGGCCGAAAGACGAGAACCACCUUCCUGCCGUAAAAAAUACUAUUACAUCACAAACAAUAUGACAUCAGUGGAGCAAAGCAGCAACAAAUGAAAAAAUUAUUCACAAAAAUGUCUGCAAUGCUUUGUUUAAUCUGCCGUUGUGUUUCUGUAUUAACCCUAUCAUAGCCUUGCACUAUCCAUCCUAUAACAAUGGUGUCUUUUUGCAAUUAGAUCAGUCUCUAUGGUGAUCACGUUUGAAUGUAUGUAUGUAUGUGUGUGUGUGUCAGUAUGUAUGUCAGUAUGUGUGUGUGUAUGUAUGUAUGUCAGUAUGUAUGUAUGUGUGUGUGUGUAUGUAUGUCAGUAUGUAUGUAUGUCAGAAUGUCAGUAUGUAUGUAUGUGUGUGUGUGUAUGUAUUUCAGUAUGUCAGUAUGUAUGUAUGUCAGAAUGUCAGUAUGUAUGUGUGUGUGUGCAUGUAUGUAUGUCUGUGUAUGUAUGUGUGUGUGUGCAUGUAUGUAUGUCAUGUAUGUAUGUCUGUGUAUGUAUGUGUGUGCAUGCAUGUAUGUAUGUCUGUGUGUGUGUAUGUAUGUGUGUGUGUUUCUGUGUAUGUACGAACGUAUGUAUAUGUCUGUGUAUGUAUGUAUGUAUGUAUGUGUCUGUCUUAUCGCACACUUUCUAUACUUUUUAUUAGAAUUCUGUUUUUCUUAUUAAAUUUACAGAGGAAAAGAAAAUCAAAUAAAUGACAAUAAAGAUCAGAAUAACAAUAUGAAUUUCUUUUACUUGCUAUUAAGUUAUAACAAAUGAAUUAGUGUAUGUUUUAUAAAUGAUAAAAUGGUUAGAAAAAGAUUGAUGGGGGUUGGGGUUAUGGCUGGAUGUUAUUGGGAAUGAAGUUUGUUUACAUGUUUUAUGUAACAUGUCCAGAGAUUAUCUGUAUGACGUGUUGAUACUGUAUGCUGCAGUGGGAAAUUUCGCCCCCUAGGGAGGAAUCCCUGCUAUUGCAUGUGCUCAUUAAACGAGUAUUAUUUUGAGGCUGAAUCAAAACAUUUGUUUUUUGUUAAUUUAAUCCGAAAACAAAUAUUGCUCGAUAAAUUAAUGAACAAACUAAUUGGCCAUUCGUGCUGCUGUUGUGAGUGCAUGAAUCCCUAUUUAGGGGGGCAUUCUGAAAAUUAUCGGAAAAAAACUGAAACACACAUUCUUAGUGUUUGUAACCUGAAAUAACAUACAAUGUAUUCUCUUGCAGAUGAUCACAGAGUGGUGAUUCUCACAGCCCCACCCCCCGUCGCACUGCCAGAAGGUAACACAUGGGGAAUGCUUAUUAAACAGUGAUAUGACCUUCAUAGUUAGAGGUUUGAUGAGUAAUCCUUACUGCGCUUAACGUUGAAUUCUUUGUAAUUAAUUAGGUCCUUUUAAUAUUGUGUGAUUCUUAGACAAUUAGCAGGUGAUAACAUAUCAUUUUCUCCCAGCCCCCUCUUUGUUGCCGAUGCUUAUAGUGGCGGUGUGCGUCGGCGCAGCGGCCCUUCUGAUGUCUAACGUAGGACUUGUCUGUUGCCUGGUAAAAAAAUACAGACAGAAAAAACAAAAAGGUAAUUACAAAAUACGUCUCCAAGCACAUGGGGGAUUUAUUAAGCCAAAGGCUUAACACCUUUAUGUACAAGUUUUAGAGCGUUUUCCGAACAUUUUUAUUUUCCUACUUUGAGAAAUACAGCAGUUAGAACAAAGCUCCCUUUUCUGGAGUUCUGGUAUUCCCACUUUAUUGGUGGCAGCCAGCAGAUUCAAGCCUUUGACAUGAAUUCAUUUUAAUGGGAAUGGAAUCAUUCUUGACUCAUUACAUUGUUUGAGAGGAAUCGUGUGAUAACCGGCUCUCAUACUGCGUUUACUCCAUGCGUUGGACAUAGAUUGGAUGGUUCUCUCUGAACACUUUGCUUGAUCCAGUGAUUAACUCUCACUAUGAUUCUGUGUGUCUAUUUCUUACAGGAGACGAAGAAAAGAAAGAAGAGGGGUAAGUGGAUAAUACGAUGUACCCCUGAUUCUCUAGGACCCAAUGUCUAUCUGGAGAUUAUUAUUUGCUAUACGUUCUCCAGUUCACUGAUGGGUUACACCACCAUCUCGUUCCUGAUUUCUCCACUUAUUUACAUUGUUGUGAUUAGAUAACAGAGAGAUUUCUUUUUAUUAACAAUCUGUUUGUCCCCUCAGAGCAGCACAAAGCACACUAAAUGAGUAUGGAGACAGGGAGCUCAUCAACACUCAUGCAAAGAAGACAUUGCUGAUAGACAGUGGAUCGGAGACGGGAUCUAGUAUGUAUCAGGUGAGACCACUGUGGUGGGAUGGGGUCUAGUGUGUAUCAGGUGAGACCACUGUGGUGGGAUGGGGUCUAGUGUGUAUCAGGUGAGAUCACUGUGGUUGAAUGGGGUCUAGUGUGUAUCUGGUGAGAUCAGUGAGGUAGGACAGGGUCUAGUGUGUAUCAGGUGAGAUCACUGGGGUGGAAUGGGGUCCAGUGUGUAUCAGGUGAGACCACUGUGUUGGGAUGGGGUCUAGUGUGUAUCUGGUGAGAUCACUGUGGUGGAAUGGGGUCUAGUGUGUAUCUGGUGAGAUCACUGUGGUGGAAUGGGGUCUAGUGUGUAUCUGGUGAGAUCAGUGAGGUAGGACAGGGUCUAGUGUGUAUCAGGUGAGAUCACUGUGGUUGAAUGGGGUCUAGUGUGUAUCUGGUGAGAUCAGUGAGGUAGGACAGGGUCUAGUGUGUAUCAGGUGAGAUCACUGGGGUGGAAUGGGGUCCAGUGUGUAUCAGGUGAGACCACUGUGUUGGGAUGGGGUCUAAUGUGUAUCUGGUGAGACCACUGUGGUGGGAUGGGGUCUAGUGUGUAUCUGGUGAGAUCACUGUGGUGGAAUGGGGUCUAGUGUGUAUCUGGUGAGACCACUGUGGUGGAAUGGGGUCUAGUGUGUAUCUGGUGAGAUCAGUGAGGUAGGACAGGGUCUAGUGUGUAUCAGGUGAGAACACUGGGGUGGAAUGGGGUCCAGUGUGUAUCAGGUGAGGCCAGUGAGGUAGGACGGGGUCCAGUGUGUAUCAGGUGAGGCCAGUGAGGUAGGACGGGGUCUAAUGUGUUGUGGAAUUUUCAGAGGACCUUGAACACACAUUUUUUUCAGGGAGUACUCCCACUAGGGUGCUUUAAAACAUGGAGGGCCCUAGCCCAGACAAAUCCAUUGGAACAAAAACUAGGUUUCUUCAGCAGGUAGACUUUUGGUAUUGUGGAGUACAAAAAUGUAGAUGUUUCGGCUCCCUCUGAAUCUUGUUCCUUAUAAAGGUUUUCCUCAAUAAAUUCUAAAAGAAUAACCUAGCAUAACAUAUCUGCAGCCAUCCAUCUGACUACUAUUCACAUCAUCCCCAGUGGACACAGAAAUGGGAGCCAAUUAAUCACUAACCAGUAAAUUGUGAUGAAUUGAGAGCUGAUCUUAUAUCCUUUAGCUCACUUUACAUCCUUCCUCUCUCUGAGACCACCCAUGGCAAGGCACCCCUAAAACCGACAUAGCUAUACACCUUAUAACGAGGUUACUCUCUUGCAGUUUGAUUCCUAUUGAUUAUAAUAAUAUUUUUAUUCUUAGUAAAUCUGCUCUGUGUUUGUGCAGGAGAGUACAUCUGAUUCUGGACUUUAUUACUACCCAGAAAGAGACUACUGGCCAACGCUUCCCCCUCACUACGAGACAGCGGAGCCUGAGGAUGCAGGCGGCCACACCUGGCCAGGUAUGCAGAGAUUGGGUUAAUGAUGGUAAAAAACACUUGCGGUGUUCUAAACCCUUCAUAUUAAUGGCUCUGUAAAUGCAUGUUGCAGAAAAGAAAGUGAAAAUGAAAGCUAAGUAUCCCAUCAGUUAUUGACUGGAAAUGGCUGCCCGCCUCUCCUAAUCAUGCGGAUUACUAAUCUGUGAUUUAAAAUUAUAUUAUGCAUUACAUUUACACUGUUAAUGUGGUCUGACUUGGAAAAGCACUAUAUCGUGUUAAGCAAAUAUUAUUAAACAGAUCUGUCAGUUUAUUCCUCGCUCAGUAGUUUUAAACACAUAAAGCUGUAAAAUUAUUUGAAAUAUGUUUUUUUCCUGUUGCUAAGGCAACAGUGGAUUUUCCUAUUACUGCGCUGUGUGCCACAUGACAUCCAACAGGAAUGAAUGAGAACUUCGUAAAAUAUUUAACUUUUUUAAUGGUUUCUUAACUGUGGUUUUCAGUUUUCAGAAAUUAAAGAGAAAAAUCCUGUAAUGCAAUAUUUAGAUAUAAAUGGGCUUUCUUACGAUAGUAAGCCGGAGUACCAGCAUUAACAGAUCAGCGAACGUUGUCAGAAUUUAAACGAUGGUCUGUGGAGACCUAUGGACCUGGUAUCUUUAUAACAAUGUUAUUAUUUAAAAUAUCUCAUUAUAGAUGGUGGCUAUGAAGGCUGGAUUGCGUCGUCUGAUGCGCACGAAUAUGAAGAGGUCGGCCAGGAUUACCCACAAGUCCCCAGGUCCAAGUGGGCAUUUGGAGCCACGGUGAGUCACAUGAUCUGUCACAAUUUGAUCCCAUGCUUGUCUUGUACUUGUCACAUGACACUUAACCAACAUUUACUCUUCCCUCUCGUUACAGGCCAGCCAGAGGGAAGGGAUGCCAAGGGCAGAAUACCAAGGGCCAAGCCGAAUUUACGAUGAACCAGAUAUAGCCCGUGCUGCAGUGUAUGAGACUCAGUAUGGGGGCGCGGGACACUUAGUAUGACCCUCGCGGCAGCUCUGAUGGCUUUUAUUUCUCCAGCAAUUAGUCCACUAGUUCAAUAUUUCAAUGCUUACUGGGUCUGCAAAUAGA